AGAAUCGCCCUCCAAUGUUGAGAAGAGCACCCAUGGAUUUUUUGCGCAAAUUCAACUUAUUGGUGAUAAUUGGGAUGAUAUUUGCGAGUGUGGUGCUUGGCCUCAUCUUCUUUUUCAUCAACAAGUGCAUAUCCAGAAGAGGCAAACACAGAAUCUCACAGCUUCAGAAAAAAUCUAGCCUCAGUGUCAGGAGUGUCAAAAGUGAAAACAAAUACCAGGAACGAAACCUUGACAUCCCUGCUCUACCUUCUCGGAAACAAUUUCUCACAGCAGCGGCCCAAAGCUAUGAAAACCUGGCUGAGGUACCUGACUGCGAGCAAGACAAUGUCAGCUCUGAGGAGGACAUACAUGACUACGAGCAGCCAUCGCCUGAAUACGAGCAGAACAUGGACGAGCAACCUGACUAUUUGAAGCUGGAGAAUGAGGAGGAGAUCGUCCCUCUGCCGUCACCUGAAUACGAGCAAAACAUGGACGAGCAACCUGACUAUUUGAAGCUGGAGAAUGAGGAGGAGAUCAUCCCGCCGCCGUCACCUGAAUACGAGCAGAACAUGGACGAGCAACCUGACUAUUUGAAGCUGGAGAAUGAGGAGGAGAUCAUCCCUCCGCCUCCACCAUACGAGGAUCCAGAUUCAGCAGCAGACAAUGCCUCCACAGAGGACUAUGAUGACAUUGGAGGUGAAGAUGAAAAUCAAGACGAAGAGGACUAUGACGACUUGGGAUAAAACCACAGCAUUAACCCGAAUGACACUUUCUAACCUGGAUACUGCUGAGCAGAGAAACCAGAAGACUUUACCUUACUACAAAUUUCUUUUUGCUCAUUUGUAGUUUUUAAUGUUAUUCAUGAAAAAAUAACAGAUGAAACCAAUUGUAUUUUACUAUGCGCUUAAUAAGAAAGGGACAAAGAACACCAACCCACUGAAGAGGCUUAAAACUGCUGAAAGUGGAAGUGGUACUUAGACACAAGAAAUUUCAUUCUACUGUUGGAGCUUUUAGCCAUAAUUUUUAACUUGUAACUUUAACCAAUAUUGCUGGCAUGGUGUAACAGUCUUUUUAUCCAGUGAUAUGUGACUAUAAAUAAUCCAUUAGUUGACUGAUGACAUAUGAUAAUGCUCUCAAUACCUGGUAGCAACAACAUCUGAAAUCAUGAUAAUUGAUUGAUACAAAGUCAUAUAUCAACCUUAAUCUGGAUAGUUUAACAAAAUACUUGGAUUUUUUUUAAAAUAAAUUUGUUAACAAGCAGUGGCGGUGGAUUUGUUAGGUUAUUUUGAGAUGGUAUCUGGUUUAAUUUUCUUCAACCUUGACAAAUUCUAUCUGUGUGAACCAUUUUGGGCUCCUGAUAUCAACACAACAACAGUUUCCUAUUUUAUAACAAGAGGGUAUACACAUAAAACCUAGAUAUACAGUACAUGUAAAAUAGUCACAGGGUUUGUGCUUAUGUAAAUUUUUUUCUGCACCACUAAUUCUACACAGUCAAUAAUUUGUGAGUGACACUGCUUCAAAAGGGAAAGAAUCUUUCUAAUUUAACAGGUCUUGACUGAAUUGUGCACCAGUCACUGUAAUUUACAAAAGUCCACACAUGGCUGUCCAACAGUACAGUCUACAGUAUUUCAGUUAUUAUUUAUUGUGAAUUGACAGCUGAGAUGAAGUUUCAAAUUCAAAAUGUUUUCUUGGACAUGACUCAGUCUAAAACAACUGCACGGAACCGCUUUCAAAGCCAGAACAGUACUUAAAACAUGCCACAGCUUUAAAACAACAUUUAAAUUUUACACUGAAUACUAUAAUUGGGUGCAAUUUGUGCUGUGAAUGUCUUAGUUUUUGUUUUGCUUUUUAACUUGUUCUCCAGCCUGUUGUUGCCUUUUAUUGGUGGAAUUUCUCAGGUGACUUUUUGCUUUUUUCAUUUGUUUUUCUUUUUUAGCAGUUCUCGAGUUCUUUCAAGCCUUGUGAGUGUACUUAUCAGAAUAGUUUGCAUGUUAAAGCUAUUAAAUCAAGAGUUAUUGCACAAAACACAAGGGAACACAUGUGCUGUAUUGCACUAGGGCCUGUACUGUAAUUUUGAAAAUGGGUAAAUGAUCCAUGUAUUGUAAAAAUGUUAUAGGACGAUUAUCACGCUUUCCAAAGAUGAAAAACAAAUCCACAGAUUCUUAAU